GUGUUUCGGAGUUUCCGUGUUAACAGUGGCCUUAAAAGCUGGACACGGAGGCUUUAUUUGCACAGAAUAAGUUGAUAUGUCUCCCGGCAACAGCUCCGAACAGACUGUUUCGUUAGAGAUGAGUCCAAAUGACAAAGACAGUCUGACUGGUACCAACGAAAUGGUUGUCACUUCAGCUGCUAGACCAAUGAACGAUUCUCAAGACAGAACAGAUUUCAAAGAUGUUUUAACCAAUGGCGACACAGAUGGCACUAGCAACAACAAUCCUUCUGGAAAUGUUUUCGCUGACAGACAAAACAUCGUUCGAGGGUUCUGCGACGCAUCACUAAUGGCGGCAAACGUGUCUCAGCUACGCGCGGUAUUGGACGGGGACCCGGCAUACAGAUUCUUCACCCCUCUACUGGUCUUGAUUGGACUGUCUUUGAUCUUACACAUAGGGUUUGGUCUUAUAAUGAUUCAAAGGUGGCGAAAAGCAAGAAAAGCCCACUUGGAACAUAUGAAGAAAGCCGAAGAGUUGGACUCGCAAGGGCCCAAUAUGAUUGCAAGCGACCCCCGAGGGAUCGUCUGUGCGUGCGAAUGGUGUGCGACUGUUGAGUGGUACGAUGAGAUCAGUAUAUUCAUUGUGUUUUUUGUUAUUGUUUUGAAUGUUGUGAUCGCAGUACUAGGAUUAAGGGACAGCCAGUAGUUUUUGGAAAAACAACUACAUGUAAAACAAAACACACUUACAAUUAUAUAACACAAAUACUAUAAAAUACAAAUACAAACUAUAUAUAUGUGGAAAAUAAAAAGAGAAAUUAUGCAAUACAAUAAAACAUUUUUACAGUACAGAUAGUAAAAACAGGCACCUGAUGUUAUAUAUAUCUUUUUUUCUCAUAUUAUAUCUCUUUACAUAAUUCUAAUCUUUUCCUAUUUUCCUUAUAAUAGGAAAAGAGAAAGAUAAGAAUUAUGUAAGGGGUAAAUCUCUUCAUACGUGUUUGUAUUUUGUUUUAUACAAUUGUGAAUGUAAAAAAAUAAAGAUUAA